CAACCCCUGCACUACGGGACCCUGCUGGGCAGCAGAGCUUGUGUCCACAUGGCAGCAGCUGCCUGGGGCAGUGGGUUUCUCAAUGCUGUGCUGCACACAGCCAAUACAUUUUCUAUACCACUCUGCCAGGGUAAUGCCCUGGACCAGUUCUUCUGUGAAAUCCCCCAGAUCCUCAAGCUCUCCUGCUCAGACACCUACCUCAGGGAAGUUGGGCUUCUUAUAUUAAGCUGUUUUUUAGCACUUGGGUGUUUUGUUUUCAUUGUGCUGUCCUAUGUGGAGAUCUUCAGGGCCGUGCUGAGGAUCCCCUCUGAGCAGGGACGGCACAAAGCCUUUUCCACGUGCCUCCCUCACCUGGCCGUGGUCUCCCUUUUUAUCAGCACUGCCAUAUUUGCUCACCUGAAGCCCCCCUCCAUCUCCUCCCCAUCCCUGGACCUGGUGGUGGCAGUUCUGUACUCGGUGGUUCCUCCAUCAGUGAACCCCCUCAUCUACAGCAUGAGGAACCAGGAAAUCAUAGAUGCCCUGUGGAAACUAUUUGAAUGCAAUCUACUUCAGAUCAAGAAGACCCCCAUUAUCCCACCAGGGCUCCCUCUGUAUUUCAGGAAAAGCCAGGAGUAG